AUGGCUUCCUAUAAGUCACAACUUCCUCCAUCAAGGAGAACAGAGGAAUACGCGCCAACUACACGGUUGCCGAAGCGGUCUAUUGCCCCUACUACUGUCACACCUCAGCUUUCAGCUAGCAGCCAGUCCAGGCUGCAAAAGAGGAGGCCUUCGCGUGAUGAGCCAGCACAGUCAGAGAGAGGACUACCGGAUCAAACAGAGCUUGCGCGCAAAUUUGACCCACGUCAGGCAUCAAGUACAGCGACGCCCACCAUUCGAGCUCCCGGAUUCACAUCGUACAAAGCAAGGUCGACGAGUUCAUCCUCUCGGUUACCAAAGUUAGAAGUGCCUGUUCAUGCGCGAACACCCUCUCUCUUCUCAGGAUCAUCCGCAUCAACUAUCGAGAGUCCACGAUCGAAUGUAUUGAAGAGGAAGCAGCCUAGUGUCGGGGUUGCAAGCAGUCGACACGUUUUGCGGACUCGAGACGACUCGAUGUCUUCCCAAGAGGGCGCUCAACAAGGCGAAGGUAUUCCAGGAGGCUACAAGGAUCCAUUCUCUGAGUCUGUAUUUGGCAUCUCGUUGCCACCGCCUUCCUCGACCACCUUGGCCCGUUCAGAGCCGGAGCUCGAGUCUCCGCCAAAUGGCAUGUACGACUACGACCUCGGUCCGUUAGACAUCCUGCCCGUUCCCACUCCUCAGUAUGCUGUUUCAGCGACGCCAUCGACACGAUAUGCAGAUUCUCCGGGCGCUUUUAGCAUCUCGUCAACUGCAACUUCCAUGACCUCGUAUUCACCAGCGACUGCUUUAUCGAAACCCACACAUCGAGUGAGACAAGUCAGUCCUUUAGAAAGCCGACCGCCAGUACGCCGCCACCGGGUACCCGAGGAGCCUGACACCCGAACCACGCACGGGCUGUCUACUGUUCGCGAAUCAUCGACCUCUUCUUCCUCAGCUUCUACGGUUGUAGAUCUGGCCAAAAAACACCUGCCCGCAGUACCGCAAAGCCCGUCAGCUGGGAAGCCAACUCCGACAGUACAAACCAGGCCUCGAGUGCAACCUGUGCCAGAGCUGGCUCACUUGGCUGACCCUUCUCCUGUAUCACCGCCAAGCUUGCACCGACCAUCUAGGCCUAGCAGAGAUGGCACUCCUGAGAUUCUCGGGCUUCGAGAUCCGUCUCCAAUCAUUCAAAGCAACAUGAACAGCUUUCCCACUACACACAGACGGACUAGCUCUACAGACUCGAAGUUCGGAUCGAUUUCUGCGGCAAGAUCUCGUAUGGGUGUCCCUUCCAAGCUCUCCACGCGCAAUCCUUCGCCGGUUCCAACUUCCAACACCCCUCUCACUGCCAGCGCUCUGAGACGUGGACCGACACCAGACAACCAAAAGGAACGUGAUACGCGACGGUCAAGCACUCUUCCCGCCCCUACACCAGCUCCUAGUCCAAGUAAAACCUCGAAAUUUGGCUUCUUCUCACGACGCACAAAGACCGACCCGGCUCCGCAUGCCAGCAAAUCCGAAAGCAAACUUGUGCGAAAGGGGCCUGUAGCAGGAACUGGGCACGAAGGUUAUGGGAAACAUGCUUCAAGAGGCAGAAGCAGCAGCUCAAUUGGCGCAAGUGUUGGACGGUCAGCCAGCGCAGGCACAAUGUCCGAGAGUCUGACCCAGACACCUUCAACUCGCAAGAGCAGUAUGACAAGCACCACGAGUGGCGAGAUGGAUGACUUUUUCCUCAACAGACUUGCACCUGUGAUCUUACGAGGGGCUGGUAGUAGCUCAGAGCUGACACGCAGUCCGGAACCCAUGCACAGCAGUAGCAGCCUUGACAUUUCCAGUCGCCCAAAGCAAGUGAUGGGUAACACAACUAGCGUCACCUCUGAGUCUGGCCAGGACAAGACUCGAUCAAAGUUGCUGCCCUCGGCUAUGCCGAACACCGCGCGCAGUAGCUCUCCGGCUAAGAGGAUGCUCCGGAGGCCAUCGGAGAGCGACGAUGAUACAAAGAGGUCCUUCUUACCUACCCUCGCAUCUAGGCGCACCUCGCGUGUUGUGAAGCCCGCAGAGGGUGUUCUCAGUCCUGCAGGGCGUCGUAGCAUCUCCAAGUCACGCAAAGACUCUGCAAACGACGAGGGCACCUGGCUGAGAUCGUCGAAAAAGAACAAGACCGACAAAGAAAAAGAGCGAUCUAAACCCUCAAAGUGGAACUUCUUCUCCCGCGCCCACGCAGCCCCACGAGUUGAGACACCCGCGGUCCAAGAGGCUACCACCGCAAGCCCUGGACCCGGUUCUAGAUCUGUUGCGCACUACGCGAUCAUGGAUGCACAGUCUAGUCUCAACUUGGAGGAUAUUGAGCAGCUGAUGAAGGAAGCAGCUGGUAAUACCGACACCGAAAGUGUAAUGUCUGACAACGAUUCCAUGCGGAAGGAGCGUAUGCAGUCAAUGCUUCUGCCACCUAAGCCGAUCUUGCCAGCAUUCGCCCCGCCUUCACGCCCCGCUUCACCCAAAGUCGUUCUGCGGCCAGAUCAAGUACCGCAGCGGUAUGCCAACUUAACGGUCAACACCAAACUGCAGCCUGCGCCUGGACUAUCCCCAAGAAAUUCACAAGCUGGCACUAUCUUCGAUCUUUCGCCGCCAUCGUCGCCCUUCACACUGCGGCCGCUUGCACAGGAUGAAGCUUUCACAAAGAGCACACCGGCUUUUGCUGGUUCCUCCCAGCCAUUGGAGCGUAUCGAACCAACCCUUGAGAGUCUUCCUCCAUCGAGCCCAUCCCCUGCGAGUCCUCCCCCCAGACCGAGUCGAUUACCACAGGUUGGGCGCAUCCCUCAGGUCAUCUCAAGCCGUGGAAAGCCACGUCGACCUUCCUCGAGAUCGUUCUCGCGACCCUUCGCCAGUGAUCAGCCUCGUCCAACGGCAUUGCCACGCACUUCCUUUGACUCGAUUGGUUCGGUUGUGACUACAUCUGGACCUGUUGAAUCCUUCCCAAUACUGCAAGGGCUCGGUGCUCUCUCACAUGGGUCGGCCAUUGCGACCAUAACCCCUUUCGUCGAUGAGUCUCGACAAAGCGAAUUCUUCAAGUUUCCACCACGCAAGGAUUCUGAGGUCUCCUAUUCCAGCAGCUCAGGCGUUUGGAGUUUCGCUCCUGUCGCUGGUACUGCUGUCGUACCUGCUACAGAAGCUCCAUUAUCAGACGAUGAGCUCUGGAAUGAGUACGACGAUCUCCUUGACCAGGUCGUCUCCCCUGGGGGCACUGUAAAGAAGACAGUAGCCCGCAGCGAACACCCUUCACUCGAACCACUGCCUCUAAACACGAAGACCUCGUGCAUCUCGAUGCUCUCUGGCACCUCGGAAAAGGCAGCGUCGAUCCCCUCAGUGCAUCUUCGCCGUUCUCGCUUACUGGCAGCCUUGUAUGCGCAGUCUCCCACGUCUUCAAUGGCCUUAUCCGAUGUUAUCAAUGACUACGGCGAGCGUAAGCUUAGUAUUGUCGACUCUAGCACUGGUCGAUUGAGCCUACCUCUCAGUCCCAGCUUGUCAACAUUCUCCACCCAGAGGCGCUCGACUCGGACCAGUCUACCAGCGUCUUUGCCGUUAGCAGAUAGACAGUCCAAAGCAACAAUUGCCUCUCAAUCAGAUAAUUACUGCGACUCUGGCGUCGCGAGUCGUUAUAGGGACACGCGCCGAAUGGAUAUCGCUGAAGCGCAAGCGUUUGGCCAUGCAUCCAUGGCUGAUCUUCGAUUCGGUGCCCUGAUGACGAGCAAGUGGCUGUCCUUUGGCCGUGUGCUUUUCAGUCCUGUGCACUUCCAGCUCAAGGAUGUCAACGAAGACCGCGUUCUAGUCAUCGACGGUCUUGGCAAGGAUUGGUCUUACUACUGCGCUCUUACCUACUCUGACGCAGCUGUGUACGACCUGGGGCCUGCUCCAUCGUCUUCUGCCUCAGCUGACAGAGCUUCUGGUCUCCCCAACCACCGCCAUAUCCGCCAUUCAUCCCUCAGCAACGCACUCCCGUAUCCCUCUAACUUCUUCGCAUGUGUUGUCCUACGCUUCCCUUCAGCGCAGCCAUCCUCCGUCCACAACUUCCUCCUAUCCGAGGCCAAGCGAGUGCUUCGUCCCGGUGGCUUUCUCGAGUUCAGUGUCCUCGACCUGGACCUCGUCAACAUGGGCAACCGUGCUCGACGCGCUGUGCGUCAACUAAAGAUGGAUAUUCACCGCAUAGAUGAGACCAUAUCACUCCGCAACAUCAGCGAUGAAAUCAUUGCAAGCCUCGGCCGCAAGCGUUUUGUUGAAUGCAAAUCCUGCAUCGUCGGCGUGCCAGUCGCCGGAAACUUGCCUACCCCCAGCGACGUCAACCAUCCCAUGAGAAAGAACAGCACAGCAAGCUCACGCAGACGAGCUGGUAGCCAUGUUCAGCCUUCAAAGGUGCCGAAGCCCGAACCAUCUUUCUCCGAUCUUCUCAACGCCUCGACCCCCUCCGAAUCUACCGACAAAGGCAUCGCUGAGAAAGUUGCCCGCGUCGGCCGCUGGUGGUACUCGCGCUGCUACGAGAGCAUUGUCUUGCCUAACGGGGAAGGGCCGGAUGACGCCCCACUUGGCGACAUUCUCAGAAACAGCAUCUGGCGCGACGACAACCUGAUCAGCGAGUGCGAGAAGCUCGGCACCAGCUUCCGCCUCCUCAUCGGCUACGCUCAGAAGCCAGAAGUUGGUGUUCGGCGUACCGUUAGUGUGUAA